AUGUACGAAGGGAUUGACAACCUGAAAUCCCUUUACGACCGUGCCGGGAAGACUUUCUCCGGCGGUCCUUCUGCGGCACAGGAUGUGUCGCGUCGUACUGCUCGACCAGACCCAGUACGUCAACCAUCAAUUGGGAGCGGGGCUCCCAAGAAUCCCAGGACGGGGGAUAGCCGCGCCACCGGACGAGGUAACUCGUCCGACGUCCGUUCACGUCGCGGUGGUUCAACAGCUGCUCUACUAGAUAGCGCUGGCCACCGCGAGAGUCCUCUAAUGGAGGUGGAGGAGGAGGAAAGACGCUCUCCACACGAUCAUGUGGAUCGGUGUGUUCCCGAGAGCUUCUUUGAUCGCGUAACGCAAGGGUUACGCGACGAUCUCGAGCAUGAGCGGAAUAGGCGUCUCCAGAUGGUGGACACUGCCUCGAAGCAUCGAGCUGAGUUUGCCUUUGCUCAGCUUGAGAACGAGAGAUCUCUGACAUCUCUUCGUGACGAGCUAAGGGUAGCUCGUGGGAUUGUUGAUCGGUCUCGGGCUGAGAUAACUGCUCUUCAGACCCUUGUUGAUGCCCACCAUCGGGAGCAUAAGGCUCUCUGCGAGAUGCUUGAGCGCAAGGGCGUUCUUCAUCGGAAGAAGCAGCGUACUGAUGGUACGGCUUAA